CCAACGGAGGCACCGCACUUUUAUUGACCGACGGACCGACCGUUCGUUGCCCACUGGGGUGGGAAGCAGUAAAAGCUGAAGCAGCUGCCGCAUUUCUUUCCUCUUUCUCAUUAUUAUUACCAACAACAAACUUAGAAAGAGAAGGAGGAAGCAGGAAGCAGGAGGAGGAGCACACGGCAGCAACAGAAUGCGGCGAAUCUGCAUCUCCAAGCUUGUGUUUCUCCUGCUGCUCUGCGCCAGGAUGCUGCUUCUUCCGGCGGGCGUAUCCUCUGCAAAGAUCCAUGGGAACCCAGCCAACGACCUUGUGGCCCUCAUCAACGGCAAGAGGGCGGCGAGCAAGCUGCCUGCGCUGCGCAACAGCAGAGGCCUCGGGUGCAUGGCCCUGCAGUACAUCUCCGAGUGCAUGGCCACGGGCGCCGCCUGCAGCAGCGGCAACACGGUGGCGUGCCAGCCUCCCGAGGCCCACAUCACGGAGGUCUACGCUGCCAACUGCGGCGUGGAGCUCCCCACGGUGGACGUCAUCUCCGGCCGCCUCGUCGGCUGCCACCGGGACCGCGACGGACCGGAGGACGCGCUGCAGGCCGUGCUGGCAUCACCCACCGGCAACGGCAACGGCAACAGCACCACCACCAAUGCGCUGGCGGUGAUCCGCGGCAAGGAGCACACCCAGGUGGGCGCCGGCUUCGACCGCGCGCACCGCCGCGGGCCCUUCUUCUGGUGCCUCCUCUUCAGCAGCGGCAGCGCCAACUCCACCUUCCUGCUGGAGGCCGGCGGCAAGGGCAUCGACCAGACCCAUGGCUGCUUCAGCGCUCCAGAUCGACCUUCGUGCAACGCCGCGCCGCCGCGCCACGGACAGCAGCUCAUGUUCACUACCAUUGCCGCAGCGGCUGGAAUGCUACUCUUCCUCUGUGGCCUUGUCGUCGAGUAGUUUUCAGUUCAAUUCAGGCUGGAUGAUGGAUGAUUUGCAGAUCUGGGUCCAAUGUCAUACAUAUGAAUUACUAUUCCCUUUUCAUUCCUGGAACUGGAAUCCUA